AUGGUCGAAGUGAUAGGGGGAGCCACUGUUGUGACGUAUGAGGAGCCUCAAACAAAUGAAAUCGAUCCGGAACCGACAGCAAAACCUUUCAAAUGGCUGAAGGGCAUGCAAGAUAUGGUCUCAAGUCCAACGGGUCAUGUUGUGGUGCAAGUCGCGAAGGAAUUACUAAAUCGUUCUACGGGAAAUAGUCAAGUUUUAAGUUUGAAUCUGACGAAUUUAAUUAUCAUUUUAUUACUGAAAGUAUUGAUAUUCUCAGCUGGCUUAUUGGGUGCUGGCCAUUGGAGUAAUUACGGUUAUGCUCGAUCGAAUGAUAAUGAUUACUUUUUGGGUGUGACACAAGGCGAGGAUUAUCUAAUUACUGGAUUUUUGGCAGCUCAAAACGGCUACGAUCAAUGUUUGUUUGCUGCAGCCUGUGAAUCGCCACAAAUUGCCUAUGAAUAUGCCAAGGCAGCAAAGGCCUUAAUCGAAGGCAUUGAAAAGUUUCAGGGGUAA